AUGAUUGAUGACAAGUUCUUGCCUUUUGAUUAUGUCUCCUACGCUUCUGAGCUCCAAGAAAGGGCGUAUAUGAUGCUUAAAAUGAAUGGCGGUGAUGGAAGCGGUUAUGGAAGUUCUGAUAGUGGUGGUUAUGUUUAUGAAGAUGAAGCUGGUGAUGAUCCGAAUGAUGAUGGGAAUGAUGCUGGGAGCAUUGAUGAUGGUGAAGAUGCAUUCAAUGUGCAUAGACGGGCCCCGAGUGAGGAUGAAUUGGGUGCGGAGAUUGACCCGUCAGCGUUUGAUAGUGAUGAGGCAUAUGCGAGGGCCCUUCAGGAUGCAGAGGAGCGAGAAGUUGUUUUUCGCUUGAUGGCCCUUGCCGGCAUCAAUGAUUGUGAGUUCACUCGAACUAUGGUAUUUUAAAUUAGACAAAAUUUGGUUGGAUUGCAUGGCAUGAAUUUCCAUGACUGCUGCACUACACUUACAUUGGACACCAUUAGCACCUGAACCGUUUGUGGGAUAGGUUCUACUGUGGUCGGGCCUCUGUAGAUGAUAUCACCAAUUGGGUUGUCUUAUCUAUCAUAUCUGAUGACUUCUAAAUGGAUUACAGCAUGGGAAAAGCUCGCCAGUUGGAUCUGUAGGAUAAUCCAAUCUGUGCAAUUUGUGGAGACUGGUCUAUUUAUUUGGGGGCCCACUCAAUUCAAAGUAUCAUCAUUGUUAUA